UUCCCUGCGAAGAAAGGAAGAGGCGGCUGCAAUCCAGCGCUCCUUCAUUGAUCAGGCGCAAAUGGAUCCAGACCAAGAGGCGCUGUCGAGGGGUGACACUUCGACUCCCUCCGUCGCUCUUGCCAGGCGGAUUCCACUCGUUCCCCCCUUCCCUGUCCUGCACUGCCACAGCUUUCUGCAGCUGCGGUCCAGAAUAGUGGAAUGAGGAGGUGGCAGCAGCGCCGCUCUCUCCAGCCUCAGCGUCUAGGACGACGCGAGAAGGACUCGCGAGCGCUUGGAGGACUCCGUGGCUGCUUGUCUGUGUCUGUAAAACUGUCACCGGUGGCUACGGGAAAGGGCGGCUGUCCCUUUAAGGAGUGGCAUCCUCUUGGUGAUAGAAGGGCUAGAGAGGCUAACCCUGACGAGCUUCCGAUUAGGCGCGGUAAAAAUAAACCCGACAAUCUCUGCUGCUCCUGCGCGCCACCUAGAGCAGCCUCAUUAACUACCUUGAGGGGAGGAGCUUUCAGCCAGGCCGCGCCCACUGCACUCGAGGGGGCCUUUGAGAGGAAAAGCGGCCUCAAAUGUUGCGCGGAAGCAGAGGCCUCUCAGAAAGAGGCCCCGGAAGUCCUGCCUACAGUUCCCCAAAGUGCCAGUCAAGUUUUUAUAAGGCGUUCGGUGGGGGCUGUUUGCCCAGUGGGCGCUCUGGGAGCGGCUGUUCUUGCGCUUCUGCGAUUUCAGAACAGGAAAUCCAGCUGCUGGCGUCCUUUAAAAUACUGAGCACAUUCCAUUGUGAUGGCGGAAGAUCAGGAGCCAGCACAGCCAUGCAAGGCUCCUCUUGAGCAGCAUACCAGCAACACAUACCGCAGCGCUCAACAUUCACAAGCUCUGCUGAAUGGCUUGGUAACUCUCCGAGACAGCGGCAUUCUCUUCGAUGUCAUUUUGCUUGUGGAGGGGAAGGCUAUUGAAGCUCACCGCAUCCUCCUGGCUGCAUCAUGUGACUACUUCAGGGGAAUGUUUGCUGGUGGACUAAGAGAAAUGGAACAAGAGGAGGUCCAGAUCCAGGGUGUGUCUUAUAAUGCUAUGUGUAAAAUCCUAAACUUCAUAUACACUUCUGAGCUGGAGCUCAGCCUAAACAACGUGCAGGAAAUACUCACUGCAUCAUGCCAACUUCAGGUCCCUGAAGUUAUCAAAUUCUGCUGUGACUUCCUCAUGUCUUGGGUGGAUGAUGAGAACAUUCUGGAUGUGUAUAGACUAGCAGACCUUUUUGACCUGAGUCAUCUGAAUGAGCAGCUGGACUCCUACAUUUUGAAAAAUUUUGUUACAUUCUCAAAGACAGAAAUGUAUCGCCAGCUUCCCCUCGAAAAGGUAUACACCUUGCUCAGCAGCAACCUCUUGGAGGUCACAUCUGAGAACGAGGUCUAUGAAGGGGCCCUCCUUUACCAUUACACACCAGAGCAGGUGGAGACAGAUCAAGUUUCCUUGAUGGAACCUCCUAAGUUGUUGGAGACAGUUCGUUUUCCCUUGAUGGAGUUCCACAUUCUGCAGAGGCUCCAUGACAAACUGAGCCUGUGUCCAUUAAAGGAGAUGGUGGCCAGUGCAUUGAUGUACCACAAGAAUGAGUGCCUUCAGCCAAUGCUUCAGAACAUGCACACACAGCUGAGGUCAGAGUUUCAGUGUGUUGUGGGCUUUGGGGGGAUGCAUUCUACUCCAUCUACGGUUCUCAGCAACCAAGCCAAGUACUUAAACCCACUGUCAGGUGAAUGGAGGCACUUUGCUCCAGCACAGUCCCGCAAAAUGUCCAACCAAGGAAUUGCAGUUCUCAACAACUUUGUCUACUUAAUUGGGGGAGAUAACAAUGUACGAGGGUUUCGAGCAGAGUUCAGAUGUUGGAGGUAUGACCCACGACACAACAAGUGGUUCCAGAUCCAGCCCCUUCAGCAAGAGCACGCAGACCUUUGUGUCUGCGUCGUGGGCGAGUACAUCUAUGCUGUGGCAGGACGGGACUACCACGAAGACUUGCGGGAGGUGGAAAGAUACGACCCCAAAACCAACACCUGGGAAUAUGUGGCCCCCUUGAAGAAGGAGGUAUAUGCACAUGCAGGAGCUACUUUGGAUGGGAAGAUGUACAUUACCUGUGGAAGACGAGGUGAGGACUACCUGAAAGAGCUGCAUUGUUAUGAUCCAGCAGCUGAUCAGUGGGAGAGCCUGGCUGAUGGGCCUGUCCGACGGGCCUGGCAUGGGAUGGCUGCGCUGCUGGGGAGGCUGUAUGUGAUUGGAGGUAGUAACAAUGAUUCUGGCCGUAGAAGAGACGUUCACCAGGUUGCCUGCUAUACUCCAAGCACUGGUCAGUGGACUUGCGUACGCCCUUUGCCUGCAGGACAUGGAGAACCUGGCAUUGCUGUCCUGGGCCAUGAGAUCUAUGUCUUAGGAGGCAGGUCCCAUAACGAGGGCAUCCGCAUGGACUAUGUCCAUAUUUAUGAUGCUGAAAGAGAUGACUGGGAAGAAGGACCUCCAUUAGAAGAGGAUAUUUCUGGAAUGGCUGCCUGUGUCCUCACACUUCCAAGGGCCAUCCUAAUGGAUGUGGAGAGAUGGGACUCUGAGUGGCAACGUGACAGACUGCAGAAUUCCCUGGAUGUUUCUUCCAAGGUCAUGAGCGCUUCUGAUUGGGAGGAAUCUGAUAAUCUGGGUGAUGAUUAGCUCAAGAGACUGGCCUGUCUUCCUCUGACUUUCUGGCUUUCCCCCCUGCUGUAACUGAGCUGGGUAAUGUGACCACCCUCACUUUGCUGAGCCCCACACUCUUGCCAACAAAGUUUUGCUGCCUGCACACCCUGUGGUGGUGGUGGGGUAGCCUGGUCACAUCAACAGGACUUGCGGAAAGAGCUGGCCAGAGGCUACUGAAAAGGCAGCUAGGAGUGGGUUGGAUGGUCUUCAGCAUGAGGACACUUUGCAUAAAGGGGUGGCAAGUAGCCCACCCCCUGACUAAGGGAAGGCUUUUAGGAACUGUGCGUGUGUGUGUCAGUGAACUGUGAAUUUAUAUUUGCUGAUUUUAAAAAGCAUUUGAUAUGAAGAUGGCUUUGACCAUUGGUCUGCCAUGAGACAAGCUGAUGAGCUUUUUCCUGUCAAAAAGUUGUCAUUCUACCCAUUGAAAGCUUACUAGCUGCUUGACUUGCAGUAUAAAAGACUUAGCUGGGCCACUUUUGAAUAUCAGAUGUCCAGCAUAAAAUUGCUUCUUCAUUACUCCUGAAACAGAAUUCUUUGUGAGCACCUUAGCCUAUGAAGAACCAUCUUCUUCCAGUGUCUUGAGCCUCCGAGCUCCUUUGUGCUGCCAGCACCACGGCACCUUUCUUAGCUGCUUUUAAUAGCAGCCAGUAUCCCAGCAUCCCAGAAUUGUGCAGGUAAGCAGAAAACUACCAGCUUGUCUUGGGAGAGAGAUCUUUGUUGUUCAUUAUUAUUCUGGACUACUUAAAAAGAGGAUGUAUAUAACACUUUUUCCUGUAUAUGUCAGACGGAUAUGCCAAAGGCAGGAGAAAACCAAGUUGUGUCUAAUAGAUUCAAUCAUGUCAAUGGUGGUGGGAACAGGUAGAAUGCACUUUAAUAUAGAGGGGCAUGUCCCCAGGAGAAAUGAGAGAAAAGUUGAAGGCCCUAGUAAUCUGUUUCCGACAUCCUUUCUUGAGCAGUGGGUUUUUUCAACUCAUGUUUUAUUUUCAUCUCUUCAGUCCAGCAAAAAGGAUACAGGAUGCCAGAUAGUUGAUUUUAAGCUUGACAAAUAUUGCUUUGGAUAUGUCACCACCAGCAAAUCUUACUUAUUUAGAAAAUGUAUAUGCUACCCUCCAGAGGCCUGCUGAAGCUCUACUGUACCCUAGAAUGCAGUAGCUAUUGCCCUCACCUUAUUAGUGCUCUGCUUCCUGAUUUCAUUCAAAGAACAUCAACACCGUGUUAAAGAUGCCCUUCCCACAAUGUAUCUUGUAUGGACAGACAUCUCAAAAAUAUUCCUAUCUGUCCAUCACAGCCUGCUGAUUCAAGAAAAGUAUGGCAUUGCUCCUCUGGGCUCAGUGUAAUGCAAAAGAACAAAGGGUAGCACAGAGUAUUCACAAAUAUCAACAAAGUAAAUUUGAAAAGAGGUCACAGGGCAGACAUGCCCUAAAAGCUGACAGGUUAUAAUUUUGCCAACAGAUACAUGACUGAUAUCCUUGAAAGUGAAAUAGAUCUCUGCUUUAAAAUAAAAUACCUGUGAUUGAACUGAGCAACUCUCUGCCUGGAACCAGUUCCGAAAAAUAACUAAUGGGUGCUCAGCUGUUAUACAGAGGUUUCUGACAAACCUGUAGUCUUAUACUGCUUAGUUUCUUCCCUGUACGGUUGUCUUCUUAUAUAAGCCCCAGUGAAAUAAGCAGGGGCUUUGGAAUGGAAGAUUCUGUUCACUUACUGUGAACUCUUCCUUCUCUUUUUAUUUGUGGUAACUUCAAACAUCAAUUACAUCCCUCAGAAGCAUUUAGUAACUGGUUAGUUACUACAGACUAUAGUGGCAUUCUGAGGUUGUGAUUGUAAGGGUGCAAUUUCUCAGUGCCAAUAAGCUCUAGUAAAAUGGAAGGAACUUUGCAUAAUACCUAAUAAGCUUACUCUGUCUCAGCAGAUCUUGGUGAGAUCAAAAAGUGGGACUAGCAAUAUUGUUUUCUCCUAAUGGACAGGAGUUCAUUCUCAGUUGUUUUAAAUCCCACUUCCUGGGAUAGUAAGCAGGGCAAAGCAACUCUAACUGGGAGGAAGACCUUCCUUGAAACUUCUAUUUGUUUCUGUGCCUGGGUACAGGGAGGCAGAGUUAACAAGAGCUCUCUUGAGAACCAUUAAAGAGAUAGAAAAACAGCAAUACUAAAAAGAAGAAAGUUUGAGCAGAAGCAUCAACCAUAUACCAGCACUGAUGUUGGUUUCUGGAAAAAAAAUGCCCUAAAUUGAAUGCUAUCUGAUUUAGCAACUUUGUUCUGAAUUAAAACUAAAUUAAUAAAUUAAACAAAUAGAAGCAAA